AUGUACACAGUUCCCGGUCGUGGAUGUAAGUCGCAACGAAAAGAGGCACAGUGCAAUCCUUCCUCAGCUGCUCUUCUGGUUUCACAGCAGCAUCGUUCAACCUCUCCAUUGCAUUCACAGCACUGCUUCCAACCCAUAGCAGCGAUGGUGCUCUCAAGACGAGUAUCCCACCAGUCGGAUGACGAUCACAAAGACCAUGAUGAGCACUCGCCUUCCCCAAGCUCGACUCGCAAGGAGGAGAUAGACGACUCAGACCAGACCAGCAUCGAGAACGGCACUGCCUCCGACGAGACCAAGGAAGAAGUCGAAGAAGACAAGAAAGAUGGCAAAAUCGGCGGACGAUCCAAAGCCCAGGUUGCUAUCAUCAUGCUCGCAUUAUGUCUGGCCGUCUUCCUCGCCGCUAUCGACGCCACCAUCAUCACCACAGCGCUCCCUACAAUCUCAGAGCACUUCAACUCAUCCGCAGGCUACACAUGGAUCGGCUCCGCCUACCUUCUCGCCAAUGCAGCUUCUACACCGAUCUGGGCGAAGACGAGUGACAUCUUUGGACGCAAGCCGAUGCUGCUGGCCGCCAAUAUAGUCUUCAUCGUGGGCUCGCUGAUUGCAGCACUUUCGAAGAAUAUCGCCAUGCUUAUUGUAGCCCGUGUGAUUCAAGGCCUGGGAGCGGGUGGACUGAUCUGCCUUGUGAAUGUCGUCAUUGGCGAUCUCUUCCCACUGCGCGUUCGAGGUGGCUUCUAUGGGCUUGUCGGUGCUACCUGGGCUAUUGCUUCGUCUUUGGGUCCGAUUCUCGGCGGCGUCCUUACGCAGAAGGCUUCUUGGCGUUGGUGCUUCUGGAUCAACCUCCCCAUCGAUGGUGUGGCUUUUGUUCUGCUGGUGUUCUUCCUCAACUUGCAGACUCCGCGCACCCCGAUUCUUGACGGCUUGAAGGCGAUCGAUUGGUUAGGCACGCUUCUGGUCGUGGGCGCUACUGUCAUGUUCCUUUUGGGCUUGCAGGAGGGUGGCGUCUCUGCUCCAUGGGACUCUGCGAAAGUGUUGUGUUUGAUCAUCUUCGGUAUCUUCACCUUUGCCCUAUUCUUGACCUGGCAAUGGCGAGGCGCGAAGUAUCCCAUCAUGCCGCUGGUGAGCUGCCCUCUGAGUCGCAAUUUGGAUUCCACGCCCAGACACUGGCAUGCUUUGUGUAGGCCAUCUUCAACUCGAUCACCAACGGCGCCACGCUUUGCGUGGUAUUCCUACAUGCGCUCGCAUUCAUUGCGGGCACAUACUAUCUUCCACUAUACUUCCAAACAGUGCGCGGCACCACCCCGAUCCUGUCAGGAGUGUAUCUCCUUCCAACGACUGUCUUCAUCGGUGUCGGUGCUGUGUCUACGGGCGCUUUCGUCGGCAAGACUGGACAAUACCUCCCAGCCAUUUGGUUUGGACUGGUCCUGA